AUUCUUCAUUCAUGCAUAUGUCCAGAAAACUCACAGCAGCUUCUACCCAGGAUCACAGAACAUGGGAAAGUCGGUUCCAAAACUUCAACACGGCCUCCAAGUCUAUAUAUAAGGGCUGCAUGCUUGUUAUUGUUCCAUUGCAAAUCCAUUUUGCAUUGUGUUUUGCCAUUGUAAAUGAAGAGCAACGGAGGAUUUGAACGUGUGCUCAGCUACUUUGAUGAAGAUGGAGAUGGAAAGAUUUCGCCUUCGGAGCUGAGGCGAGGACUAGGCUUGAUGGGUGGAGAGUUAUUGCAAAAGGAGGCAGAGGUUGCAGUGGAGUUGCUGGACUCAGAUGGAGAUGGCUUGCUGGGUUUGGAGGAUCUUGUGUGUUUGAUGGAAGGUGGGGAAGAAGAGGAGAAAGUGAAGGGAUUAAGAGAUGCUUUUCAAGUGUAUGACGCGGAAGGAUGUGGGUUCAUUACACCCAAGAGCUUGAAGAGAAUGCUUAGCAGCUUAGGUGAAUCCAAGUCAAUUGAUGAGUGUAAAGUGAUGAUCAAUCGGUUUGAUUUGAAUGGGGAUGGUGUGAUCAGCUUUGAAGAAUUCAGAAUAAUGAUGCAGUGAUCAUAUUGAUCUUGUGGUUGCUGUAUACUGUAUAUACUUAUUGGUUCGUUCUUUGUUUCUUUUCUUUUUUCUCUAGGUUUAAGUAGUUGAGAUUUUCAUCGAUUGAGCUGUGCUAUAAUUAUUUUGUGUAUACAUGUUGGAGUUCUCUACCUGGGAAUUGUGAUGUUAUUUUUCAGAAGUGGUAAAAUUUUAGGAGUGUUUUGAUUU